CCGAGAGUUGGCUGGGUGUGAUUGCCGCCUAAGGUUCGUCAAAGUUAGGCCGAUCCUAACGCAUCGCCCAGUGACCCCUGUAUCGACGCAACACCAGGAUCGCCCUCACGAUGACCAAGUGCCAGACGCUGACCGUGAAACUGAGGAGGCCGAGCAGGAAGGUGCCCUGGGGUAUCAGCAUCGCCGGUGGCUCCGAUCUCGACACGCCCUUGAUCGUCACCCGCUCCGAGAACGAAGAUCUUCAAAAGGGUGACGUGAUCAAGAAAAUCGACGAAUACGACGUGCGCGACCUGAGGCAUGUAGAUGCCCAAAAUCUCCUGAAAAAUUCCGAAUUUGUAAAGCUGGCCAUCGAAAGGUCCGAGUCAUUCACGCCGAGAUCAGACGCAUCAGUCAUUCGCAAUCAUUCAGCACCGACGAUGCCCAAGAUGAAGGGCGCGCACAUGACGACGCCUGUGUUACCCAAGAGCCCGAUCCCGCCUCCGCUGGCUCUCGAGGAUACCGAUUACACGAGUUCCCUUCUGCCGUCGUCGCAGUACGCACCAGUCCGCGACCACUACGAUGAGGUGCGCGAGGAGAGAUACUACCUGUCCCAGCCAUACCGAACGACGCCCCUCGUCCUUCCCGGGGCCAAGAUCAAGAAGGAUACGCCCAUCAACGAGUGCUACCUUCGCCACCACCCGAAUCCAAUGGUCAGGGCAUCGCCUCGUCAAUACGAGUUCUUAAGUCCCGAGGUCGCGAUGAAGCAGAAAGUGGCGGAAUCUGUACUUCAGCGAUGCGUCAGCCCUAACGAUCUACCCAAGGUUGUACCUAUGCAAUUCAAUUCGCCAGUCGGUCUCUACUCCGAACAAAAUAUCGCGGACACUUUAAGAGGCCAGGCCUCGGCCAUCCCUAAGAAGCCGGGCAAGUUUGAUCCAAACAUCAGCGAGGCCUACAAGGCCCUCCAGGAGGAGGGCUACGACAACUAUGAGCAGCGAUUCAGUCAGCCGACACGCCAAGGCUAUUUCUCACCGCCGAACAGAGGCAGGCAAAACAGACCUACAGCGUUCCGGCCAAAGAGUCCCGUUGUCAACGUAGUAGAUAGCGAUGGCGAUCCAAUUCAUCAAAGUAAUAGCUUCAGAAGGGUCAUGUAUAGCGUUCUUGGAGAAACAGAUUAUUAAACGAAGAGGAAAUAUUGGAAUAAA